UCAGCACGUUGACGCGAGGGUUUUCUCUGGCAGCUGGAGAAGCCUGUCGGGGUUCGUGUAGCUGCGCCUUUGGUCCCCACUGCGUGGGCGAGGAGCGAGGUUUUCCGCUCGCCUGUAGGCGCGGUUGUUGGGCUUGGUUUUGAGAGUGACCGCCCUCACCCUCCUCCCGGCCUCUCCUCCAGGCCCAUUCUCCUCUGGGCCUCCUCGGAGCGGCGGCGGCGUCCCCGAGGACUCGGCCCAGGAGGACUAGCGGCCCAUCUCUGCUCCGGGCUCGGAUGGGAGGCGGCGGGAGGAGCGGCCUGGGAUGUUCAGUCUGAUGGCCAAUUGCUGCAGCUGGUUCAAGCGGUGGCGGGAGCCCGUCAGAAAGGUGACUCUUGUGAUGGUGGGACUUGAUAAUGCUGGUAAAACGGCGACAGCAAAGGGAAUCCAAGGAGAAUAUCCUGAAGAUGUAGCCCCUACUGUUGGAUUUUCCAAAAUUGACCUUAGACAAGGAAAGUUUGAAGUCACCAUCUUUGACUUGGGAGGUGGAAAAAGAAUUCGAGGAAUCUGGAAGAAUUACUAUGCUGAGUCCUAUGGGGUAAUAUUUGUUGUGGAUUCAAGUGAUGAAGAAAGAAUGGAGGAAACAAAAGAGACAAUGUCAGAAGUGCUGAGACACCCUAGGAUAUCUGGAAAGCCUAUAUUGGUGUUGGCAAAUAAACAGGAUAAGGAAGGGGCUCUAGGAGAAGCUGAUGUGAUUGAGUGUCUUUCUCUGGAAAAGCUGGUCAAUGAGCACAAGUGCUUGUGUCAGAUAGAACCUUGUUCAGCAGUCUUGGGAUAUGGAAAGAAAAUUGACAAGUCCAUUAAAAAGGGCCUUUAUUGGCUGCUACAUAUCAUUGCAAGGGACUUUGAUGCCUUAAAUGAACGCAUCCAAAAAGACACAACAGAACAACGUGCUCUUGAGGAGCAAGAGAAGCGAGAAAGGGCUGAACGCGUACGGAAAUUACGAGAAGAAAGAGAACAAAGAGAGCAAGAACGGGCUGAACUCCAUGGAACCAGUGGUAUGGCUGAGUUGGACCCAGAACCAGUUAUUGUUAAUCCUUUCCAGCCAAUAGCAUCUGUAAUCAUUGAGAAUGAAAAAAAACUUGAAAGAGAGAAAAAGAGGCAAAAUACAGAAGACAGUGAUGGCUGCCCCCUAAAACAUAAAAUGGAGCAUGAGCAAAUAGAGACGCAGAGCCAGAUCAGUGACAGCAGCCAAAAAAACUGUGAGUUCGGAGUAGUAGAAAAUUAUAAGGAAGCAUUAACACAGCAGUUGGAAAAUGAAGAUGAGACAGACUGGAGAUCAUCAGAAUCAGAUAACAGUAAAAAGAAAACUAAGAAACUAAGGAUGAAAAGGAGCCACCGUGUAGAACCUGUUAAUACAGAUGAUUCUGUUCCUAAGAGUCCAACACCACCCCCACCUCCUCCUCCUGUUGGCUGGGGAACCCCCAAAGUCACUAGACUUCCAAAACUUGAGCCUCUUGGUGAAACACGUCAUAAUGAUUUCUAUGGAAAGCCACUGCCUCCUGUGGCUGUGCGACAGAGACCUAACAGUGAUGCUCACGAUGUCAUCUCGUAACCAAGUCAUAUGGAUGUGCUCUCUUUACAUCAGCAGGAUGAACUGGAGGGCCUUUCUCAACAGAGGAAAACCUUGAACAUCCAUGACUGGGGCAAGAAAACCAUAGCAAUAUCAGUGAGCCAAAGACCUGACUGUUCAAAUUGCUUAUCCAUGGUCUUCAUGGUUUAAAAAAAAAAAAAAAAAAAAAAGACCAGCAAAUGGGAUGAGCAUUUGGAACAAGUUAGCAAGAGUUAGUAUUGACUCUGGUUUAUACAUCCCCACUUAUGGGUGUAUUCCUGAAGGAAAGCCUGUUCAGAAAAAGAGCCAAUGGACUCUGUACAUUUCCUUUACUAUUUAAUAGUCUCUAUGUCUUUAUUUUAAAUGUUUGUAAGAUAUAUGUGCAUGGAAAGGGGAUUCUUGGGAAUUUAUAACCUCAAUUUUUAACUUUUUAUAUUUUUCUAAAAGUUUUGUUUAAGGAUUUUAAUUACUAUGAUAUUGACUGUGCACUUUUCUAUAGAUACUUUGUUUCAACUGUGUCUGGAAAAUGGAAUUGAUGUACUUGACAGACAUGAACUAUACAAAGGAGAUAUAUUUAUAUGGUUUAAAGUAUGUUUUAUAAUAGUAUUGUUCUUUAAGUAUACAUCUUAAUUUGACCUUAAGAUAUUUUUAAAAUAGAUUCUCACAUUUUUAUUUUACCAAAUUAUAUUAUUUGAAAGCACUAAUUAAUUGAAUGUUUAUUGCUGUUUGUUUUCUUUGAUGACAUUCUAAUAAAUGAAAGACACUUGCAAUUCCUUUUGACUUAAAUGCUUUUUAAGUUAGUAGGAAUGUUUUAUGAGAUACUAUUAAAAAAUCCCAGUAAACCCCUCUUUCAAAGAUUAGAUCUUUUCAGAAAUCAGGGUGCUCCUUCUCACUCCCUUGUUCUGUCAGAAGUUUCAGUAACUCUUGUAGGUUAUUCUACCUCUUUUGUGCCUUGAAAUUAAAGGCAAAAAGACUGAGAAAGCUACUAUAGUCCAAAACUUUAUUUUAUAAGUGGGAAACGCUUGGGUACUACCAAAAUAAGAAUAAAAUGUUAGUUUAAAUUACAUUUAUAAAGAAACAAUUCCAAAAUAAUUAAUUUCAAAUAAUAGUACUUCCCUUGCACUGAAGAAUGGCAUCUAUAUAUUCUGUCUUCCAACUGGCAUUUAGACAAACUUUUAGGUAUAUAUUUUGAAUAAUAGAUUAAAAUGUUUAAUUAAAAGCAUCCAUAUACAUCAAGGUGAAAAUACUGUAAACAGAAAUCACCUUCUUAAAAUUGGUAAGUCAGUUUGGCAACUUGUACUGAUAACAUAUAUAUAUAUAUAUAUAUUUAUAUAUAUAUAUACUGAUACCUGACAGUAACACAAUUAAGCAUGUCUAAGGCAGUUUAAUACAAUUAUUUACUUAAAAAAUUUUUGUUUUGAGCAUCAUAUAGAGUUUUUUGGAGUUUUGUACAUGGAGCUUACCUAGCACACUGAGUAGAAAGCAUUCUGUUUCAGAUACAAAAUUCAUAAUAAAUUUGAUAGGUGACUGAAGUGUAAGGAAAAGUAACACAAGAAGUCAGAAUGUAACUUUUCUAUUGGCAUUAGAGAAAAAACUGGCUUGUAUAUCUUCUUGGUUCCUUUUUGUAAAAUUUACAUUAGUUCAUUUUUUAAAACCUAAACUCAUACUUUUGCAUUUUUACUCUUUAUCUUGUUUGGGAAUACAUGUAUCUUUAAAAUUUUUGUAUCCUACCAGUGAUUAGUGUACAAUAAUUAGUGAAUUCACUUAAUAAAAGUAAAAUCAUUUUUAAGAUUUUGAAAUUAAAUAUAUGGUAAAAUAGAAUGUUUUAUAUAUCUGAAAAAUUAAUUUGUAUUCUUAACGCAUUCUAAAAAUAUUUUUAGUUUUGUAAGUCCACGUGGCUUUUAACAAGUAAAAUGCCUAUUUUGUUAUAUGCUGCCUUUUCAUUCUUAAUCACUAUGAAUUAUGACAUUUUCACACAAUAAAAAUAGCUUGUAUCAGUG